AUGUCGUCGCAUCAUCCGGAGCGAGUGGCCAUUGAUUCGGAUGAUGAAGAAUCGCUGUCUUCUCCUCCUCCUACCGAAGAAGAAGAAGAGCAUUCCCGAAAGCAAAAUAAUGGCAAUAAUCGAAAGAAGAAAAAAGCCGAUGAUGGAUAUGACGACGUGUCCAAGAUGAUAUACAGUCAUUCCAUGUCCGAGACACUCAUAUUAUGGCUCCUCACCAAUGGCAAGGAUGCUCCCAACAUGUCCGUAUUGAUUGAUCGAUACCUACGAUUGCUGGUACAGAAAAUGAACAUUCCCGUGCAUCGAUCCCACAUUUCCUACUUGCUCAAUCAUCCGCAAGCGGGUGCUAGAUUUUGGAAAUGGUUUGGACCGGGACGCAUGACCAGUUUCUAUCAUCCACGAUCUUUCAUUGAUCGACGCUUUGAAUUUGCGGCACAUGAUUCGCCCUUUAUCUUACUCGAACUGGGAGCUCCUUACGUUCGCGUACGAGCAUCCGAUGCCACUGUUUCAGAUGAUAUUGCUUGGUUUCGGAAGGAAGGAUACACCGACUAUCUCGCAUUGGUCGACCUCAAUCGCGACGGGGAAUACCAGGGAGCCUUUAGUUGGGCCACCCAGCAUCCGCAAGGCUUUUGUGACGAACACAUUCACUUUUUUCACAAAACACUGCCCGCACUCACAGUCAUUGCCCGCAUUCACAUUUCCAACAUUGUCACCAAACGGUUGUUGCAAACAUAUCUGGGCCAUGAUCCCGGGCGACGUGUCGCGGCUGGGAUGAUUCAACGCGGCCAGGGUAUUUCCAUGCGAUCCGUCAUUUGGUUUUCCGAUGUCCGAGACUUUACCAAACUAUCGGACAAGUACGGACGCAUCAUUGCCCUUAAUGUCAUUAAUACCGUCUUUGAACUUACCGAACAAGUCAUGACCAAACACAAGGGAGAGAUACUCAAGUUUAUGGGUGAUGGAUGCAUGUCCAUAUUUCCAGAACAGCAGAACCAAUCAUUGGAUAGUACGAGCAAACAGGAGCAUCAUCUAUUGAGCAGCAAUGACAGUGACAACUUGGAUGACAAUGACAAUGACAGCUCCAACAAUAGCUCUGUGAAUACAUUGAGUGGGUCCAACCCGAGUUUGGGAUCCUCAUCCUCGUCCGAACACGCACAACAACACGGCAGCACCACCCAAAGUGUCAAGAGACGAAAUUCCACCACCUUUUUUGACUUUACCAACUUGGAAAUGCUCCAACAAGAACUGGCCGCAGCGGCGGAUCAUACCGACAAGAAUGAGCGCGACGAUUCGGCGGGAUUCACCAGUCUCGAGACCAUGGUCGGGAUGGAUCCUACCCGACGAGCCAGAGCGGCCGCGGUCGAAUUGCAACAAUUGAUUCAAGCGGCGUGUCGGGAUCGCAAAGCGCAGGGAUUGCCGCAUAUUAGUGUGGGGAUUGGAUUGCAUUAUGGGACUUGUUCCUAUGGCAAUGUGGGGGGAGAAUCACGACUGGACUUUACCGUCAUUGGACCCGCCGUCAAUUUGGCCAGCCGGGUGGAAAGUUUGUGUGGAAAACUGGAUGCCUCCAUUUUGGCCACGGCGGAGUUUGUCCAUUUGGAUGUCGAGGCAGAAGAGGGGGGUUGGCAAUCCUGUGGUCAGCAUGCUGUCAAGGGAGUUGCACAGCCAGUGGAUGUCUAUCAGCUCAAACAACAGCAACAACAAACCGAAACAGAGGUGGAGGAACCCACGUGA